AUGCCGCCGGAGCAGAUGCUUGAUCCUACAAAAACCCCCCGAUCUUCGAUCGAAAUGUUUACUGAUAAGGAAAUGGAGGGAAUUCUUAGCAGACUACAGUGUUCCUGUCAAGAAAUACGUGGUUCUGAAGUGUUUGAGCGACUAUCUAAAUCCAUCAACCUUAACAUAAACGACAUUCGAUGUCUUGCGCUUGGGUCACCGACACAAAGUACCCCAGCAUUGUACCAGCUUGCACUAUUGAUGGAGUUGAAGAAGCUAACAACUGCGAAGGUGUCGGUAUAUGAUCCAAUUUUCACAUCUUCAGAUUUGAAGCUAUUUUCACAUCUCGAGAUAACCCCAACAAAAGAACAUCCCAGUACUCUUACAGCUUCUACUCUAUAUUAUCUUCCACAUGCUGAUUUGAGCAUCACAGAAGAACUUUUCAAAGAUAAGUCUCCGGCUUUCAUGUUGGGUAAUGAUGUUUUUUCUCACACAAAUCGAUUAUCCAAAGUUGAACUCCACACAAAGUACAAGAUUCUUUCCCACAUCGUUUAUGUUGCCGACAACUCGUGUCAAGGAGCACCAGAAAUAACAGACGGGUUUGAACCUGUGGUGGCUCGUUCCAGAAAGCGAGCCAAUAAGCUCAAAUAUACUCCACCGCCAAUCAAGUAUACCUUUGAUGAAAUGUACUUUAGUAAGGUUGAAAUCACUCCUAUCGGAGAGCUUGGCCAAUGGCAAAAUGCAUUUAGUGACCUUGCUCUACAUAUAAUUAGAUGA